AUGGCUAGUCGAGCUGGCAGAGAUGGCUAUCAGCUUACUCCCACCACUCCAACCAUGCGCUAUUGUCGAGUCAAUCGAGCGUUCAACACCAUGAUCAGCACAUCGCUUCCCAUCCGGCAAGUCAUCUCCGCUGAGCCAAUGGCAGCAAAAGAUCUGCCUGUCUAUGUCGUCGACCAAGACGAGGAGGGUAUUGAGAUUCUCGGCGGCGACAGCGGCAAUGAUCCGUGUUCUUAUCUCACAUCAGACUUGAGAAACAAGGCACUCGAAUUUGUCAAGCAGGAACACUGA